UUUCCUACGACACGUCGUUCCAACUGAACGACAAGUGUUCUACGGGUUAGUAUCCGACUUCCCACAAUCCUCAUCCCAAUUUCCUAAAUGCCAUUCAAGUUCCGUCGCUGUAUCUAAUUCCGGCAGUGCAGUUCUUCAUAUUUCAGGCGACCUCUUCUUUCAACCUCCACCGGGUUCAGACAUGGAGGCCUUAUUCGGUUCGAUUGAUAUACGUGAACUCCUCUCGGCUCAGGACAUCUCCGAUCCGACGGCGCCUCUCUCCGCCCCCGAUCUUCGCCUUCUUGUCAACCGCCUCGAGUCUCACUCUCUCCAGAUCAAAACUAAGAUACGCGAUUACUUACUUUCUCAUCAUCAAGAAUUCUUAAACCUCUUCUCCCUCUGUAAUGACGCAGUUUGCCAGUAUCAAGAGAUCUCCAAGGACGUGUCGAAUGUGCUGGAGUUGAUUACUGACCCCCCGAUUGAGGCCAAGACGCGUGAGAUUAUCGAUGACAUGAAGGAGAAAACUAAGGCCGCUAGGGAGAAGAGAGAAUUGUUGCAGCUUGUGAAGGUAAUUGUGGAAAUGGACGACAGAUUGAAGGGUCUUAGAGAAGCAACAAGGAAAGGAAUGCUCAAAUUUGGAGCGGAAGAAGUAAGAGAGCUCAAGCAUGCUCUACGGAUUUACAAUGAUGAUGACUGUAAAGAUGGAGAGCCCUUGGUUUACGGGCUACUGAAAAGGGAGUGGCACCAGUGCUUUGAGGAGAUUCAAGACAUGCUUGUGAAAAUCCUGGAACAUGCAGUAAGGUUUGAUCAGCAAUCCAUUAUACUUGAAGUGAAAUACUGGUUAAGUAUUGACGAAAUUGAUGGGAUUGAGCUAUGCACAGUUUUGGAAGCAAUGGAUGUUGUUGGUAUAUUGGAUUAUGGCCUUGCCAAAGUGGCCGAUUUGAUUAUCAAGUUUGUUGUUUCUCCGGCCUUAACUGGCAGCUCACCAAUAUCUUAUGUGGAAGAAAUAAAUCAUGAUGGUGAAGGAAAGUGUAUAGCAGUCUUGAAGUUAGUGCCAUCCAUAGAAAAGAUUGAGAACAUUGAUGGUGAAACCAUAUACUCGGAGGUAACUCAGAUUGUUAAGUUCAUCUGCAAACACAUAUGUUAUCAAAAUAACUCUUGGAUUCAACAUUUUGGGAGAUUAACAUGGCCUCGGAUGUCAGAAUUGAUUAUAUCUGGUUUUCUUUCUAAGGUAGUUCCAAAAGAUGCUUCAAAGCUUGCUGGAUUUCAGAAGAUUGUUGAAAGUACAUCCAAAUUUGAGGGUGCAUUAAAGGAAAUGAUGUUCAUAUCUCCAUCUGAUGCAAAUGACGAAAGGCUGAGUAAUUUUGCUGAAAAUGUGGAGGUUCACUUUGCUUCUGGGAAGAGGAAAGAAAUUUUAGCAAAGGCCAGAAAUUUGCUUCUAAAAUGCGAUUUCUCUGUCCCUAAAGAACUCACAAUCAAAGGUGAUAAGCAAAAAUGGAAUGAAAUGGCUAAAAGCUCUUCAAAUCAGGUUGUUGACUUACUUUUCCUAUCUGAGAGAUGUGUGGUGUCUGAAGCUGCCGCCCAAUUGAUGGAGCUAGUUCAUCAAACAUUACAGGAUGUUUGUUUGUCAUCCACCAGAGUCGCUUUGGAAUUUUAUCAUGCUGCUAGGGAUGCCAUACUCCUUUAUGAAGUUGUUGUUCCAGUCAAGCUAGAAAGACAGCUUGAUGCUGUCAAUCAUGUUGCAGUUCUCAUGCACAAUGACUGCCUUUAUUUAUCUCAGGAGAUACUUGGAUUUGCAUUUGAGUAUCGAUCAGACUUCCCAGAUUUCCUAAAAGAACAUGCUGUCUUUGUUGAUAUGGCUCCAAGGUUUCGUGAGAUGGCCGAAGAAACAAUGCAAAAACAGCUUCAGCUUAUAACUUGUAACUUGAAGGAGGCUAUAGAUGGUGCAGAUGGAUUUCAUAACACACAUAGAAGGCAACAAUUUGAAUCUGCGAAGUUCAGCAUAGAUCAGGUUUUAUUCAUUCUCGAGAAAGUACAUAUUAUCUGGGAGCCACUCUUGUUACCUUCCAAGUACAGAAGAUGCUUCUCUACAGUCUUAGAGUCGGUUCUAUCAAGAAUCACAAAAGAGAUACUUCUUUUAGAUGACAUAGCUGUAGAAGAAACAUUAGAGCUUCAAAAACUCAUUCACUUGAUGUUAGACAGCAUAUCACCUUUAUUGGAGACCCUGAUUACAAAACAUCAAGAGAAAUCGGAGGAGAGUUCCUUGUACAGUCAUGAUAUUUUUAUACCGUCUCUCAGGAAACUCCGUAAACUCGCAGAAUUACUAGAUAUGUCUCUCGUAUCCAUUACAACGGAAUGGGAAACUGGAGAAUUGCUCAUCUCUGGGUUUACUGCAUCCGAGGUUGAGGAUGUCAUCAAGGCCAUAUUUGCUGAUUCCCCCUUGAGGAAAGAAUGCUUAUGGAGGAUAGAGAGUACAGUAUCCUAAUUAUUUAGCUAAUUUUCUAGCGAGCUAUUUGUGGUUGGAGGCUGAUCAAUUGUUGAUGUUGGAACAACUAACAAGUUGCGAUGGAAAGACAGUUUUGUUCAACACAGUUUCACUUCCAGACAAAUUGAUCAAUUUCCCUCACUUUUUUUCUUUUUCUGUGUGAGAUUUUGGAGAUAUAGUUGUAAUUACAUUUAUUUUUUUGGGGGAAAACUCUUAAAGGUUUUAAUUAUUUGUUUCAUGCUUGUUAGAUGGCAGUGUGAGGAUGCGAACCAUUGCUAGCACUACUUUAUGUUUUUGCUUAUAGAACUAACCAAGAGUAAAUUAUUAUUUUUGUUUUUAUGAUGACAAUGUGAGUGAAAUAUUAUAUAUCGUCA